CCCUCGCAUUCCACAUCUGACCUUAGUAUCGGGUAGAAUUCACAAUGGAUAUCAGAUGGGGUUUUAUGUUAACGGCUCUCAGCGUCGCAUCAUUAAUUCCGACAUCAACGUCAGAUACUACUACAACAGAAGAAACUUCUACCUCGACGCCAGAUGUUGUCCCAGGUAGAGUCAACGACUUGACGACAACAGUGACGACAUCUGCGUCUAUUGGACUGUCGUGGACGGCCUCGUCAAGCGAUGUUCCCUUCAACCAGUACGUCAUCUUGACAAGCAGGGGAGACGAUUGUGAACUAGCAGUCUACAUCGUUUGUCCACCCAACGAUGCGAUAUAUGCAAAUGCCCAGUGCCAUACCAUCACGGCAGGUCCGCCUGCAACAUAUGAUGAGUGCCAUGGUAACAUGACGUUAGACGUGACCGGCCUAGAUUCCAACACAGACUAUGUUGUCACUGUCGCUGCUGCCGACAAUUUCACAGUAGGGGAAAAGUCUACAAUCAGAGAUAAGACAGCUAUUGGAAUUCCAGCAGAGCCAACAAACAUCCGUGGAACUGUCCAGAACCAGUCCGCCAUUUUGGUUGAAUGGGACGUUCCUUCCCACAAUGCUGGGCCAAUGUGGUACAAUGUCACGGUUCUAAGAGAAAUAGACAGGAUGCCUGGGAACUUCAUGUGGGAUGGUUAUUACUACGUUGAAGGUCAGAAUAGCAGUUCCCUGGAGGUGACGGAUUUGUUGAGUUCCUGGAGGUACAUAUUCAUCAUUACAGCCAGCACCAAGGCUGGAACCUCAAAUGAGGCAAUAUCAAAACCUGUCAGAACGCUGCCCUCUGCUCCCGGUGAAGUGCAGAAUAUCCGUGUAAAAUAUGACCACAGUCAAUACCUAGCCGUCAGACUCACUUGGGAAUGUCCACUCGAGAAGAUGAGGAAUGGGCGCAUCACAAGCUACACAGUCUCCUACUCAGGCAAUAUAUCCAUGACGUUGACGGCAGGCAGCUUCUACCCAGAGGAUCCUUGCACCUCCCCCCACACUGUGUAUCUCCCUGUCAUCCCAGAUGGGAAGUAUGUUGUUCAGAUCUGGGCCAACGCCGAAUUUCAAGGAAACAAAUCAGCAAUGAUAUUUGUAGCAGACCGCGAUAAAAUGUCCUUCAAUUUACCACCGUUUACCAACACUACAGCGUCGACAUCAGAUUCCCACAACCUUGUCAUUGCAUCCGCCACAUGUGGCUCCGUAAUAGCCAUCCUCUUUGUCGCUAUCAUUGCUCUAUAUCUAACAAGAUCUAGAGGUUUCACAUCUGAAGGCCAACAGUAUUUGGUGGGCUGAUCGUCACCAUGGACGUGUUUAGAACAAAGUGGAACGUAUAUCUAGUUCAUUGUACAAGAAACAACGUCACAAUAAAGUUAUCUUUGAACGAUA